UGUGCAAGUCCUUUUUAUGGUUGCAGCCAAUGCGAGUUUCAUAUCCAUAAAUCUUGUAUGGAACUUUUAACUCAGAAGGUUGAUUGCUCCUUCCACUCAUGCCGUCUUGUGCUACUCACAUCUCCACUCCACUGGUGUGUUUCAUGUGGUGAAAAUUUGACAGGCUUGGCAUUUGCUUGUGGAAAGUGUCGUUAUGAAUUGUGUGUCAGUUGUUUUCUGGUGUAUAUAAAGACGUGUGAUGGACUUACAAGAGAGGUUCAACAUUUUCUUUCACCCUUGUCUGCUCACUCUCAAUACUUAUAAAGGUGAGUAUAUCUGCAAUUCUUGUCAUCAUCAGAGGCACUCCGGCUUGACUUAUAGUUGCGAACAGUGUCAUUUUUAUAUGGAUGUUCAAUGCACGCAAUAUCCUGCCAUGGAAGCCGAAGGCAAAGAACUGCAAAUUGAGCAUUUCUGUCAUCAGCAUCCUUUGAUAAUAAAGACAGAAGAAGUGAAGGCUUUGUGUCACAUAAGUGGAAAUUUCUACACAGGUAUACCUAUGUUUGCUAUUAAAUGUAACUUUUAUCUCCAUAAAUGUUGUAUGGAAAUUCUGCCUCACAAGACUCAACAUCUAUCCCAUGACUGUCCUCUCCCACUCAUGCUUCUAACAAAUCCAUAUUAUAAUUGUACGGCUUGUGGAAAACUUUCUGGAUGCUUGACCUUUUCCUGUGAUAAUUGUGGAUUCAAUUUGUGUGUCAAAUGCUCUUUAUUGCCUUAAUCAGAUGGUCAGAACAAGAAAAUUCUGCAUUUUCAGUCAUAAGCAUCCAUUGACAUUAAAUGAGAAAAAGCAGCAGAUUGAUUAGAAAGUUUGCUGUAAUGCUUGCAAAAAGCAUGUCGCUGAUCUUGCUUAUGGCUGCAACAAGUGCAAUUUCUUUUUAGACAAAUCUUGUGCUGGAUUACCACAAGAAAUCCAUAGUCAUAUUCACCCAUUUGAUCACCCUCUCUCUUUAAAUCAAAACAAGUUUGCUGUAAACUGUGUUUUAUGAGCUGCGACAUUGCCUAUUGCUGUGAACUAUGUGAUUUCCACUUGGACAUUGCCCGUGUAUAUUUAAGACUUACAGUAAAAUAUGAUGGUCAUGUUCACCUUCUUACUGUUGUGGAGAACAUACAUCUUGAACGAACAUGCGACACUUGUGAUUCACCCUGCCCUGCCGGCUCAUCUACUUUGCGUUGUUGGGAAUGCAAUUUUAAUCUACAUAUCAUGUGCGGUCCUUUACCUUGCACUAUUAAACAUAAAUGUCAUAUAGAUCAGUUGACCCUCAAGGAUUUUUAUGCUGGUUAUAAUGAUGAUGAUGAUGAUGAUGAUGAUGAUGAGUUCUAUUGUGAUGCUUGUGAGCAACGAAGCGAUCCAAGACUUUGUGUUCAUUAUUGUGCACUAGGCUGCCCAAUGGUUGUAGAUGUUAAGUGUGUAAUUUCUGAGGUAAAAUGCUCAUAAUCUAUGCAUCUGUAUCUAUUACGACACUUUCGAAAUGCUUUUUCUAUCUGGAAAUGUUGUUUUUUCAGGUUAUAGCAUCAGUAAGGGGAGAGCGUGGGAGAUGUGGAAUUGAGACUUGUGAAUGAUUUUAUCAGAAAAAAAUUUGCAGCACAAGCGAUGGAGAAGAAUGAUGUUGCAAAAAGAGAGGAAAAGGUAGAAUUCAAGUUUUUGCAGUCCUGGAAGGAAAUAUUUCACUCUUUAGAAAGUGAGAUACGAGAAAUUAAAGAUAUUAAAGCAAGUCUACCAAGAGAACUAAACAGCGAAGAGCCAUCACUUAGAAACAGGAAAAGAGACGCUACUUCUAUAUAUACAGAGAAAGCCUUCACAGAAUUCAUGCAUAGUCUCCAAUCUUGCUGCAUUAUAAUUUGGCAACCAAGUCAUUAUUUGGAAAGAGAACGCGAUAUAGUCGCUGAUAAAAUGCUAUUAAGAUUGAACUCUGAUAUUGUAGAUUUGAUUGUAGGGGUUGAUGAUUUUGUUGCUGUUAGAGACUAUUUUAUCCCUCAGAUUUACAUUACCAUUUUUGAAAAAUUGGAAGCCAAAUAUGGAGAUAUCGGUGCCCAUUCCACAUUAAGUCCAAAAGUGAAGUCAUUAGUUCUUAACAUUGUCUGUAGUGUUAUACUGGACUUGCGUGGAACUAAGGUUGUAGAUAUCAGUGAAGAUGAACUUUGCCUGUGGUGGAGAUGUAUAAACUGGGUUAAGCUUGCUGGCUUCGACGUAGACUUCAUUUGUGAUCAUUUAACGCGGAUUGCGCACGCCUAUUUUGGUCUGCAAGCUAGAAAGUUCAUGAAUGAUACUAGAGUUAAACAGGAUAAAGGAAUUGAAAGGCUAUCUAGAAAGAUAUUGCAACUGACAGAAGAAUCAAGAACAACUAAACUCAAGUUAGAAGUAAUCAAGAAACGACAAGAAGAUCAUCAAGUGUAUGUGAAACAUACAACGAUGUUAAUCAAACCAUUUCUUGAUGAAGCUUCAGAAAUGAAAUGGAAACCUGCUGCUGAUGGUUUGCUGUAAUUAGUUAAUGUGAAAUGCAGAUAAAAAGAAUAAAUUAUUGGUA